AUGCACCUCUGCGAUAAAUGCAACCUCCUGGUUCCAGGGAGCGACUUCGACUUCGAAGGCCACGUCGGAUGGUGCGAUGGACCGAUGGACCGCCUCUGCAAGCCCCUUGGCACCGUGUACGACUCGGGCCAAAAUCCCCUUCAAGGCGACCGAGGCGGCAUGGAAUGGACAUACUUUCGAGUGCUACAUCUGCCAUAA